GUCCUGUGGCUGUCAUCAGUGGCGAGGAAGACUCAGCUAGCCCACUGCACCACAUCAACCAUGGCAUCACCACACCUUCCUCUCUGGACGCUGGGCCCGACACAGUGGUCAUUGGCAUGACCCGCAUUCCAGUCAUUGAGAACCCCCAGUACUUCCGCCAGGGACACAAUUGCCACAAGCCAGACACAUAUGUCCAGCACAUCAAGAGGAGAGACAUCGUGUUGAAGAGAGAACUGGGUGAGGGAGCCUUUGGAAAGGUCUUCCUGGCUGAGUGUUACAAUCUAAGCCCCACCAAAGACAAGAUGCUCGUGGCAGUGAAGGCCCUGAAGGAUCCCACCUUGGCUGCCAGGAAGGAUUUCCAGAGGGAGGCUGAGCUGCUCACUAACCUACAGCAUGAACAUAUUGUCAAGUUCUAUGGGGUGUGUGGUGAUGGGGACCCACUCAUCAUGGUCUUUGAAUACAUGAAACAUGGGGACCUUAACAAGUUCCUCAGGGCCCAUGGGCCAGAUGCGAUGAUCCUCGUGGAUGGACAGCCACGCCAGGCCAAGGGGGAGCUAGGGCUCUCUCAGAUGCUCCACAUCGCCAGUCAGAUAGCCUCGGGCAUGGUGUACCUGGCCUCUCAGCACUUUGUGCACCGGGACCUGGCCACCAGGAAUUGCUUGGUUGGAGCCAACCUACUGGUGAAGAUUGGUGAUUUCGGCAUGUCCAGAGACGUCUACAGUACCGAUUACUACAGG